CUUUCUCCGGGCAAGGAACUAGAGGUGUUACAUAAGUGAAAUAUAUUGAAUAUAAUAUAUAUAUAUAUAUAGAAAGUGAAUAUAUAUUUAUUAACCCCGUGAUAAAUUGAACUAGUUAAGAGGAUAUCAUUAUAUGCAUAAGUAGGAUUACUAUUGUGGAUAUGUCUAUGAAAUGGGAGAACUACGCGGCAUGAUUCCGAUCGAAGCGCUUCAAUUCCCGCAGAGCUACGAGGCCAACUUCAAGUUAAAAAGAACCUACCAUGUGAAGAGAGAAAGAACAAGGAACAGAAGUGAGGCUGGAUCUAAAUACUACCUGAGAUCCUCGUCAGAUUUUGAUAUCUGCGAGAGUCAGGCUGGUCAACCCUCGGCCAGCUGGAACAUGGAGAUUAAAGAGCAUAACGACUCCAGCCCAGCUGCUGAUUUGGUGGGUAAAUCUGAAGUAGCAAGAUCCAAAUCCAGGUCUAUAGAUGAUAAUUUCAACGAGCACUCAGGAGAGGACUACUUGAUCUCAGUAACAAAUGUGGAUGAGGACAAGGGGAAUGAGGGGAAUGAGGGGAAUGAAUGCAGUGGAAAUGAUUUUAGUUUGAACCUUGAGGAUGAUUACGAGGAUAAACUACAAAGAGAGGAUUGGUGGCAGGAUUUUGACCUUCUUUUGCAUCACCCUGUAGGAAUAAGACUGUUUACGGAGUUUCUGACUAAGGAGUUCAGUCAAGAAAAUAUAAUAUUUUGGAAAUCUUGUCAACAGUACAAAAAAAUCUCAGAUAACAAAGUUCGUGUGAGUAAGGCGGAGGAAAUAUUCGCCCAACAUCUAGCGGCGGAAGCUCCUGAGCCGGUUAAUGUGGAUUCAGGGGCUCGGCAGACCGCAAGUGAAGCAGUCAAAACUGCAAUUGCUUCAAGAUGUGGAAACCCUGACAUGUUUAAUACCUCUCAAAAACAAAUCUACAAUUUGAUGAAAAUGGACAGUUAUCAACGCUUUCUGCAAUCUAAUAUUUUUAAGGAUUAUAUAGAGAAGGAGAGGGAAGAAUCUCGUUUUGAAAAUUAUUCCGGCGUAAAACAGGGUAAAAAGAACAAACAAGAUAACAAGAAGUGGAGCCUUUCUAAUUGGAGCAAUAUAAUAGGUCGACCCAAAUCUAAGGAAAGGGAACCAGAUCUUCCAGGUUUAACAACACGAACAUUUUCCUCUCCAAACAUUGCUUUACUUGCUCAGACUUGUCCAGACAUAGAGUUCACUAGAAUAUUGCUACCUGAUGGAUCAACUGCAAUACUAAGCUCAAAAUCAGGAGAAACUUUGGAGGAAAUGAUUCAAACCUUGCUCAGGAGGCGAGGGGAGAGUAGGGAGGUUAAAGCCUUCUUUGAGAGUGGUGACCCUGUAGACACAAGCCAAAGUUCAAAAAUGGUUGGAGAUAAAUCUAUAGUUCUGAAGUGGACUGAGCAGUGAAAAGUAUUCGAGGCAUUCAGAAUCUCAGUAAAGGAGCUGAGUUCUUGCCACACUAUUUAUCAUUAUAUCUUUGCAACUUGAUGGUCUAAACCUUUGAUAUUUCAAGCUCAAAUAUUUGAUCUGACAGAAUUUAUAGUUUGAAAUAUCAAAUGAAUAGGACAAUGAGGGAUUAGAAUAUCGGAGUUUGUGGCAAAAACUCAGUUCCCUAGUACUCUUAAAGUAAUAAGGACGAAAUAAUGCUGCUAGAUAGAGUUUAUAAUUCUAAAUAUUGUAAACCCCAUAGUUUAUCCUUUAAAAUGACGCUUAAAUUUUUUGCGUAUGAACCGAUGUUGUAAUUUAUUACGCCGUAUUGUUAAAUUGCUUCUUUAUUUUUGUUAUUUUAUGAAAAUUUUGAUUUGAGUUUAAAAUAAUGCCCUAAAUUAUUAACAGUAAUCUACAAAUAAUGCCGAAGAACAGUUGAAGGUUGUUAAUUCCACUGCUUUUUAACCUUUAAAGGAACAUGUGUUCUUGCCACUAACUUUGAUGUUCUAAUCCCUGUAUUUUUGCAACCCAAUGGCUAUUGACAUUUCAAUCUCCUGCCAUAAAAGUUUUUAAAGGAUUUUAUCACGAAAUUUGUCGUAAAAAUUAUCUGAUUAUAAGAAGGAAACUUAAUAAUAUUUUCAUAAAGGGCGCAACAAGCAUUUUAGAUCAACAUUUUGGUAUAUAUUAAUCUAUUCAAGCCUUCCAUGUUAAUCUAUUUAUGUACACAAAAUUCAUAAAACCAAGUUGUUCAACAAAUUUGAUGUUAAAAUUUAAAUUUUACCAUUUCAUGUAGAUACACAGAUAAAUGUUUUGAAAAUUUUAAACUCGAAUUUUUGAAUAUUUAAGGAAUUUUAACUUAUAUAUUGCAAAUUUAUAUCAAUAUAAAACUGCAAAUAAUCAAAAAUCAAGAUAAUUUGUAAAGACUGUUGUUGUUGUUUUAACCCUCAUUAAAAUCUCACUUUAGUUUAUUUACAAAUAUUUUUGCCUUUGGACUUUUUUAUUAUUAUCAUUUUCUCAAAGGGUUCUGAUCACUUGCCACAACUUCUAAUAUUCUAAACCCUGAUGGUUUAAUGGAAUUAAAAGUUUAAAAUAUGAAAGGUUAUCAGGUUGCAAAUAAAUAAGGAUUAGAAAAUUUAAAUUUGUGGCCUGUGCUUGGUUCUUUUAUCGGUCCCCGAAACGCUAGAAGAAGCUCAAAGACAAGAAAUGUAUAAAUGGCGAAAAGAACUGAAAUAUCUAGUCAUAAAACAAUGUAUGAUAUGUAUAAUUUAUGAAAAUUGUAAAAAUUGUUAAAUACUCAUAUCAAAAAAUUUGCUUUCCAAGUAAUAUUUAACUCAAUUUAAAUUUUGAGAAAAAUUGAUCACAAAUCCCUGUGUUUUAACAGUAAUCCUAAUAUUGAAUAUUAGCUGGAAGAAAUUCUUGUCAAAUUUUAAUAAUUUACUUUAAAAAAUAGGUGAUAACUUAUUCUAUUCUUGUCUUUUACGUCAACAAGUUACUGCAACCGUAAAGGAUGGGGAGCAGCUAAAAUGUUUUUGUUAGUUUAGAACCAGUUUAAACCAGUUUUAAGCCGGUUUUAAAGGGUGAUUUCAAGUAAUCUUUAAUCUAAACUGUUUUUAUAUUGGUUUUUAACUGAGUUUAAACUGGGUCUAAACUAUUCAUUUAACUGGUUCUAAACUGUUUCAAAACUGGUUCUAAACUGUUUCUAAACUGGUUCCAAACUGUUUGUAAACUGGUUCUUAACUGUUUCAAAACUGGUUCUAAACUGUUCCUAAACUGGUUCUAAACUGGUUCUAAACUGUUCCUAAUCUGGGUUUUAAACUGAGU